UUUCAAGCUUUAUAAGCAUAAAACUCAUUUCCUUUCUGCAACUUCACUACAAUGAAGAAUCCUCAGAGUCUUUGCUUUUCUGUUGUUCUUCUGCUUCUUUUCAUGUCAUGCUCUUCACCAUCUUCUUCGGCAUUCGAUCACGAACAAGACAUGUACACGAGUCCGAAGACUGACGGAGAAGCUCUGUUUCUGUUCAAGAGUGGAACAGUGAAGGACCCAAAUGGAGUUCUAUCAACAUGGCAGCUAAAUAGGAAUGUUUGUGAUUGGUAUGGAGUUUCAUGCACUUCAGGAAGAGUAUAUCAACUCAAUUUAACCAAUUCUCAUCUCUCUGGAUCUCUUUCUUUCUAUGCUCUUGCAUCACUUGACAUGCUAUCACUUCUCAAUCUUUCUUUCAACUCUUUCUUUAUAAACUCCACUAGUUUGCUUCAGCUCCCUCAUGGAUUGACUCACCUUGAUCUAAGUUUCUCCGGUCUAACCGGCGUCAUUCCGGAGAACUUCCCUUCAGUUUAUCCAAACAUUUCCUAUAUUGAUCUCUCUCACAAUAACUUAACCGGUUCAAUACCGAAGAAUCUCUUAGCAAAUUCGGAGAAUUUACAAGUCCUUGAUCUCUCCUUCAACAACUUAACAAGCAACAUCUCCGAUUUAAAUGUGCAGAAAUACUCCUGCAUGAAUCUUAUGCAUUUUGAUCUCUCAAUGAACCAUUUGACUGAUCAAAUUCCAUACUCUAUCUCAAACUGCACCAAUCUGAAAACACUCAACUUGUCAUCCAACACACUCACUGGAGAAAUACCGAAAUCUUUCGGUGAAUUGAGAAGCUUAGAGAGACUAGACUUAUCAGAAAACCAUCUGAUUGGUAACAUUCCUGAUGAAUUAGGCAAUGCAUGUGGAUCUCUUCUGCAACUCAGGCUUUCAACAAACAACAUCUCAGGUUCAAUUCCCAGCUCUCUGUUCUCAUGUUCUUCUCUUCAAACACUAGACUUGGCCAACAACAACAUCUCUGGUCCAAUCCCAAAUAAUGUCCUUCAAAACCUUGUUUCUUUGGAAAACUUACUACUAAGCAACAACUUCAUAUCUGGAUCAUUUCCGAGCACAAUCUCAGCAUGUAAAAAGCUCCGUAUCAUCGAUCUUAGUUCGAAUAAGAUAACCGGUUCAAUGCCGGUAGACAUCUGCAUCAACAACAAUGAACCAUUAUCAUCAUCUUCACUCGAAGAACUGAGAGUCCCUGAUAAUCUGAUCACCGGAAACAUACCGCCACAGCUCUCGAAUUGUUCUCAGCUCAAAACUAUCGACAUGAGCCUGAACUAUCUCCAGGGACCGAUACCGCCAGAGUUCGGCCAGCUUAAAAACCUCCAACAUCUGAUGCUAUGGUUCAAUCACUUGCAAGGAGUGAUCCCUGCAGAGCUAGGCAAAUGCACAAAGCUGGAGAAUUUGAUACUAAACAAUAAUCUGAUCACCGGAAACAUCCCACUGGAUCUCUUCAACUGUAUAAACCUUGAAUGGAUGUCACUCACAAGCAACAAGAUCACCGGAAAAAUCCCACCGGAGCUCGGCCGUCUUUCAAGACUUACCGUACUCCAGCUUGCAAACAAUAGCUUAUCCGGCCAAAUACCAAAAGAGCUCGGCAACUGCACUAGUCUGGUGUGGCUUGACUUAAACAGCAACAAGCUCACCGGCGAGAUCCCACCGCGUCUCGGACGGCAGCCCGGUGCAAAGGCAUUAAGUGGCAUUCUCUCUGGAAAUACUCUUGCAUUCGUUCGAAACGUCGGUAACUCAUGCAAAGGUGUUGGAGGGUUACUUGAGUUCGCCGGAAUACGACCGGAGAGACUACUCCAAGUGCCAAUGUUGAAGAGCUGUGACUUUGCAAGAUUGUACUCCGGUGCUGCAUUGAAUGGCUGGACACAAUACCACCAAACUCUUGAAUAUCUUGAUCUUUCAUACAAUGAGCUUUGUGGGAGCAUUCCGGAGGAGUUUGGAGACAUGAUGGUGCUUAAAGUGCUUGACUUUGCUCACAACAACAUCUCCGGCGAGAUUCCGGCAACGUUGGGCAGGUUGAGGAAUCUUGGAGUGUUUGAUGCAUCUCAUAACCGGCUUCAUGGGAGCAUACCGGAGUCAUUCUGCAACCUCUCAUUCUUAGUGCAAAUUGAUCUUUCGAACAAUGAGCUCACUGGAGAGAUUCCGACGAGAGGCCAACUGAGCACACUUCCGGCGAGCCAGUAUGCCAACAACCCUGGACUCUGUGGUGUUCCAUUACAACCAUGUCAGUCACCAAACGAUUUCACUGCCAACACUCAAAGAGAAGAAGAAGAAGCUCGCCGGAGCUCCACCGCCGUGGCCACAUGGGCUAAUAGUAUAGUGCUCGGAAUACUCGUUUCCGUUGCAUCGAUCUGCAUUAUAAUAAUAUGGGCAAUUGUGAUGAGAACUCGAAGAAAAGAAGCCGAAGAAGUGAAGAUGCUCAGCAGUUUGCAUGCCAUGAAUGCUGCCACAACUUGGAAGAUAAGCAAAGAGAAAGAACCACUUAGCAUCAAUGUAGCUACGUUUCAAAGACAAUUGAGAAAGCUCACCUUCUCUCAGCUCAUUGAAGCCACCAAUGGCUUCUCUGCAGCCAGCCUCAUCGGCACAGGUGGUUUCGGAGAGGUCUUCAAGGCCACCUUGAAGGAUGGCUCCAAUGUAGCCAUUAAAAAACUCAUUCAUUUGAGCUACCAAGGAGAUAGAGAAUUCAUGGCAGAGAUGGAAACACUAGGCAAGAUCAAGCACAAGAAUCUAGUGCCAUUGUUGGGUUAUUGCAAGAUAGGUGAAGAAAGACUUCUUGUCUAUGAGUACAUGAAAUUUGGAAGCCUUGAAGACAUGCUGCAUUGUAAGAAAGACGGCGAAAAGGCGGGAUUGAGUUGGGAGGAGAGGAAGAAGAUUGCAAGGGGUGCAGCAAAAGGUCUCUGCUUCCUUCAUCACAACUGCAUACCGCAUAUAAUUCAUCGAGACAUGAAGUCGAGCAAUGUACUAAUCGACGAGGAAAUGGAAGCAAGAGUGUCCGACUUCGGCAUGGCAAGAUUGAUUAGUGCAUUAGAUACUCAUCUUAGUGUGAGUACACUUGCCGGAACACCCGGUUACGUGCCACCGGAGUAUUAUCAGAGCUUUAGGUGCACGGCGAAAGGCGAUGUUUAUUCAUUUGGUGUGGUAAUGCUUGAGAUAUUGACGGGAAGGAGGCCGACCGAUAAGGAGGACUUUGGUGAUACUAACUUGGUUGGGUGGGUGAAGGGCAAGGUGAGGGAAGGGAAGAAGGAGGAGGCGGUGGAUGAAGAGAUGGUGAGUGUGAGCAAUGGGGAUGAAUUGGAGGAGAUGUUGAGGUUCUUGGAGGUUACAUUGAGGUGUGUUGAGGACUUUCCUUCUAGGAGGCCUAGUAUGUUGCAGGUUGUGGCCCUGCUUAGGGAGCUCAAGAGUGAUGUUGUUGCUGCAUAAUGUAUGUGUGUAUGUGUGUGUUUGUUUCUUUUCUUUUCUUUUAAUUUAUUGUUUGUAUAAUUAGGUUGAGAGUUUGUUGCAUGGUUUUAGUUUAUAGUAGUUGCUUGUAAUAAGAUUAAUAUAUAUAUAGUGUAGUG